AGUAAAGGACUGUUGGCAAACUUAGCGUGUUGUAUGAGGUGAAUAUUGAGUCUCCGGCUUAAACAUGUAUUCAGGAGAGUCUCUGAUGGACUUUGUCAACAAGCAAGUAGCUACUGCUAGAAAACUCAUCACGAAGGUUGAAGAAGCCUUGGCCCAGUUCGAGGAAGGGCUCGGUGAUCAGCGCAGACUGUCGGAUGUGAGCUGGGAACCACAGAGCCGCUCACACGGAGCAGAACUUCCACAGCAUCAUGUCUGGGAAAACAAGAUGACUCUGACUGACCAGCAGCUCUCUAAACAGAAAUGGACCUCCAGUUUGGACCAGAAGGAACCAGAACCUCCACUGAUGAAAGAGGAACAACAAGAACUCCUUAUCCAUCAGCAUGAAGGGCAGUUUCUUCUGAAGCAGGAAGUUGUUACCUUCAUGGAGCCUUCUCCUUCUGAAGAAACAGACUGUCAUGAACCAGAACCAAACAAGAACCAACCCUUGUGUCAGAGUACUACAGAAGCUGAGAACCAAGAUCAGGGUGGAUGCAGGAAAGAAAACUCAGAAUCAAACAGCAAUGAAGAACUGACACGUAAUAAAAUAUGCCAAUCCAAAGAUCACAGAGACAGUGUAGAUGAUAAAAAACAAAAAAGGCACAAGAGGGCUCACACAGGUGAGAAGCCAUAUCCAUGUAAAACUUGUGGUAAAUGUUUUAAUGUCAGUAGUUCCUUGACUAAACACAUGAGAAUUCACACAGGUGAGAAGCCAUAUCCAUGUGAAACUUGUGGUAAAUGUUUUAAUGUCAGUAGUUCCUUGACUAAACACAUGAGAACUCACACAGGUGAGAAGCCAUUUUCAUGUAAAACUUGUGGUAAAUGUUUUAGUGACAGUAGUUCCUUGACUAAACACAUGAGAACUCACACAGGUGAGAAGCCAUUUUCAUGUAAAACUUGUGGUAAAUGUUUUAGUGACAGUAGUUCCUUGACUACACACAUGAGAAUUCACACAGGUGAGAAGCCAUAUUCAUGUAAAAUUUGUAGUAAAUGUUUUAGUGACAGUAGUCCCUUGAAUACACACAUGAGAACUCACACAGGUGAGAAGCCAUUUCAUUGUAAAAGUUGUGGUAAAUGUUUCUCACAGAGUGCUGCUUUGAUUUAUCACAUGAGAAUUCACACAGGUGAGAAGCCAUAUCCAUGUAAAACUUGUGGUAAAUGUUUUAUUGACAGUAGUUCCUUGACUACACACAUGAGAACUCACACAGGUGAGAAGCCAUUUCAUUGUAAAAGUUGUGGUAAAUGUUUCUCGCAGAGUGCUGCUUUGAUUUAUCACAUGAGAACUCACACAGGUGAGAAGCCAUAUCCAUGUAAAACUUGUGGUAAAUGUUUUAGUGGCAGUAGUUCCUUGACUACACACAUGAGAACUCACACAGGUGAGAAGCCAUAUUCAUGUAAAACUUGUGGUAAAUGUUUUAGACUCAGUGGUCACUUUACUACACACAUGAGAACUCACAUUAGGGCUGCACGAUAUUAGGAAAACCUGCGAUAUUCGAUAACAGUGCUUAAUAUUGUGAUAUCGAUAUUACUCACGAUAAAUGAACAAAUACUAAAGUAUGCAGUGUUGAUGUCGUCUGGUGUGUGACGGCUGCUCUGGGUUUAAAGCAAACAAAAACUAAUGCAUGAAUUCCAUUACAACAUAACAUUUUUUGUGCAAAAAUAUGCAGCUGCACCUGCUACUGUAUUAGCAGCAAAACAACAAACUGCAUGCAUGCAGUUUCUCAGUGACUUAAAAACAUCACCACCACCAUAAAACUUUUUCUGAUGCUCCAAAUACAGAAAAACAUCCCUUACCAGGGUUUUUGAGUAAAUAAAAAAAAAUAAUCAGAAAAUAAGUUUAAAUGUUAAAUAAUAGUUAACAUCACUUAAAUGCAACAGCAAAUUCUCUCAUUGCUACUGAACAUUUUCUCCACUUAUGUGGUUAUGAUAUAAGGCUGUUGCUGUAAUUGGGAAGUGAUCUGUGCUGGGCCAAACUAGGAGAAUAUUAAGAUUUUCUGAGGGAAAGAGAAAAACAAUUGUCUACCUGUCAGAAGAGGAACUGGCAAAAAAACUGCAUGGAAAAUAUGUGAAAACGUUUGUUUUUGACCCCAAAUUGAACAAGUUUACCUAGAUCUUAAAAAGCAGCUCAGAUGAUGAAACUGCAACUAUGAUUCUGAUAACAAGCUAACAAAUUGAGCUAGCUCCUCUAAGAUAACCGGCUAGCAGAGCUUCUGACUGACAGUUUAUGUGCAGCCAGUGCUGGACUGACCAUAGGGCAUAGCGGGCAACUGCAAAUCGUUUUGGCGGGUACUGUUAAAAUAUUACUAGCCAGUUUGGCCGGUGAUUCGGAGGCAACCAAGCAAUUCAUGUCAGAGACGCUCUGGGUCGUUUGCCCCCUCCUCCCCUCCUCGAAGACGAGUCACGACUGUGAGGGAUUUAUCUCCUCACUAAUAGUUAUUCCUCUUGUUUGUUUACUCCUGUAUUUUUGUGUGUUUUAGGUCAAAUAUGCUUGGUAAUCUAUAAAUUACUUUAAGUUAAGUUGAUCUAUUGGUGUUCAUCACUCCCUUCUUUCUGAGGUCAUUUGUUUAAGUGUUGCCAUGGAAGCGCGCCCAUAGGCAGCCAUGAUCAGUUCCUGGUGUGCUUAAUCAGCUCUACUGAGGGAGAAACUAACUGACUGAAGAGAGGGGGGGUUAUCUUGUGUUUGUUUAAGUGUAGUUGUUCUUGUUUUUGUUCUUUUGAGUUAAGGUAGUAGGUAAAUAUGUAAAUAGAUUGUUUGACAUAUUUUGUUGAGGUGUUGAGAUGUACUUUAUUGAUUGCAGGAUUUGAAGCUAAUGUUUCCCCUGCCCAUGUCAUAAUGGCUGGUUCCAAGUUAGCUUUAAAAAGGGUGGAUUCGGUACUGUUGUGGUUGAUUGCUAGCCUAGUGAACUAGACCAAAUUCUUGCUUUGCAAAGUUUGGUCUACGUGGCUUUCCAGGCUAGUUGAUUGCUUGUUAAGGGGAAUCCAUGCCCCAAUGUCAUGGAUUGUUUGCAUUAAAAAAAAAGGAUA